AUGGCUGCUGUCGAUCCAGAAAAGGUUGACUUUCGUCCAGAAAAUAAACAUUUACAAGUAUUUACAGAUGAGGAGGAAGUACUGCUUGUAAACUAUAUUAGAAGCGCUGCUGCCAUUCAUUAUGGUUUAACGUCCGAAUCUACACGACGUCUUGCUUACGAAUUUGCUGUAGCAAAUAACAAACAAUUGAAAGCCAGCUGGGAGAGAGACAAAAUUCCUGGGGAGGAUUGGCUAGCUCGUUUAAAAAAAAUCUAUAAGCUGUCUCUCAGAAUACCUGAGCAAACUUCCAUUAACCGAUGUAUUAGCUUCAAUAAGAGUAAUGUAGAAAUGUUUUUCAAAAAUCUACUAGAGGUCAAACAAAAAUAUAAUUUGGGGCCUCAAGAUAUCUACAAUAUUGAUGAAACGGGAAUGAUGACUGUACAUAAACCUCCAAAGGUUUUGGCACCUACAGGGAAAAAACAAGUAGGACAAGCGACUAGCGCAGAGAGAGGCCAAUUAGUAACUCUAGUGGGUAUUGUGUGCGCUACUGGAAAGGCUUUACCGCCAUUUUUAAUAUUCCCAAGAAAACACUUUAAAGAUCACUUUUUGAAAGGUGCACCACCUGGUUCUGCAGGGGCGGCAAGUGAUUCUGGAUGA